AUGGAAUCGAAGAACAAAGGCAAGAGGUCGUUGCUCACGCGUCUGAAACCCACCAUGGGUCUCAUGGACGUGUCUCCUUUGUCAUCCCCUGUGUCCAAACGCAACCCCAGCGACCCCGUUCUGUCGUAUCUCGCCGUCGCUGACAAGGACGGUGCCGUUUUGCCUGCCAUGCUGUCGUCCAUGUUCGGAGUCGGAGAUAAGUGCGAAAAUCGCCGGAGAAAAUGGAAGGCCAUCAGAUCCGCUUUGAACGAAACCACUUUGAUGAGAUUGGUUGUUAAAAGAAGGAAAGCAAAUAAGAACAAACUAUCCUUGUCCGGAUCAAGCAAGGACAUGGAAGAAACCAGUCCAAAAUUCUCAAACCCUAAAACUAAAAUCACAUACCGAAUUUGUCCAAACGUUUCACCCACUUCAUGCUCUCCAUCAUCUUCACGCGCCUCAACCUCUUCUUUACCAAGCCCUGGUCACGUGUCGAGUUUUUCCACUCACCAAGCAUUGCCAUCACCAAAGGGUGUAACGAAGGAGAAGCAAUGUGCAGUUGAAGAUAGAAAGAAGACACUGUAUGAUUCAAAUAUAGCUCUCUGCUGCUUGCUUGCAUUGAGUCUAUUGGUUUUGGUGGUGUGGGGCAAAUUUCUGGCUAUACUAUUCACUACAAUCUGGUUGUAUACUGUGCCUCUUGGUGGAAGAAAGAUAUGCAACGAGGGGGGUUUGUGUGGGGAGAGAGUUGGAGUGGCUUCAAAGUAA